CGAACUCAUAUUGGCGAAAGGGAUAGGUAUCCUCGCAUUACCGGCCGCCUAGCUCCAACACGAAGGCGGAAUCCGCAACAAUACCGAAAGUUCUGGGUAAAUUGAAGCUUAUGUGGAGACGGAUCGACAAGCCGCCUUGAAACCCUUACUCUCAACGCCUUCGGCGUCAAAAUAUACAAUGUGAUAGCCAGCUGUCCAGCAAUUGCCCCGCUUUCUGUAACCUCAUCAAAGCUACCUACCUUGUGGUGCCAUGGAUUCUCGAUUUCGUGAUGUAGGGCUCGUCCCUUCAUCUCAUAUAAUAACCCCGCGUUGGAUAUUCUGCUCUUGGAGUGCCCAUGAUAUCAACAGCUCAGCGUCAUGUCAAUCCAUGACCAUGCGGAUCGCGUCGCGGCGGAGUUCGAGUACGACGGAGAGCAUGUCAGGGAGGCAGUGAAGCAUUUCAUACGUCAGAUGCAUGAGGGCCUUCGUGCCGAUGGGGGCGCCAUGGCGCAGAUCCCUACUUAUGUUACCACGGUACCUGAUGGCACCGAAAAGGGACUAUAUCUUGCUCUUGAUCUUGGAGGAACCAACGUCCGCGUCUGUUCUGUUGACCUACAUGGCGAUACCAAGCUCACUACUGUGCAAUCCAAGACGGCCAUACCGCCCGAGCUGAUGCACGCUGCGACAUUCCGAGAGCUCCUCCACUUCCUCGCCCAGCAAAUCGAGCUCUUCCUGCAAACCUACCACGAUGAUCUCCUCCAAGCCCAUCGUGCACGCACUACAGAGACAUCCCGGGACGCCUUACUUAAGCUCGGCUUUACUUUCAGUUUUGCCUUUAAGCAGCUCGCGCUCAACAGAGGCACCCUCCUCUACUGGACCAAAGGCUUCAACAUCCCAGACGCAAUUGGCCAGGAGCUUUGCGGCCUUCUCCAGGACGAGCUUGACGCACUGAAUGUCCCUGUCCUCGUCGCCGCGCUUGUUAAUGACACCGUCGGCACUCUGGUAGCCCGCUCGUAUCAAUCGCCUGGGGCGACGACUACCCUGCUGGGCGCUAUUUUUGGCACGGGCACGAAUGGCGCAUAUGUUGAGAAGCUCGAUAAUAUCACUAAAAUGCUCCCCGCUCAAGUCGAUGGUAGCGCUGCACCUAUUCCGUCAGGGGAUAUGAUUUUAAACACAGAAUGGGGCUCCUUCGACCCUGAGCUCUCUAUUCUCCCCAACACCCCUUAUGAUAUAGCUGUCGAUCGUGAGUCUGUUCAUCCUGGGAUCCAGAUGUUUGAAAAGCGCGUAUCUGGACUCUUUCUAGGUGAAACGUUGCGCCACGCCCUACUAGCCAUUGCGCCAUACAGCGAGACAAUGGUCAUCCCGCUCAAUUCGCCGAUCCAUGACCAGUACAGUAUCAGCACCACCUUCAUCUCCUCGGCAGCCAGCGACGAAUCCCCGACACUGGAGAUUGUCAGAAGCGAGCUGAAGAGGAUGCUCAACCUAGACGCUACUCCACAAGAUGCGGAGGCGGUGAAAAAGCUUGUGCUUGCUAUCAACAAACGUGCAGCUAGACUGGCAGGCGUUGCUAUCGCAGCUAUUGUGGUCAACUCUGGGCGUCUGACGGAUGUAUCCACACCGCCCGCUUCGCCACUGAGUGUUGUAGAUGGGAAAGUGCCACUUCCAAUCAGCCUCAAAGCUGUGGAGACCGAGAGUGAUGAGGCCAUUUCAGACGUCCACUCGAAGUCAAAACUACACAUAUCGCCGUACCGCCGCCUUCAAUCUCUCCUUCGGCGUAUCUUCUGCGCUGCUAACCCAAAUUUGACAACCCCGGAAUCCGACCUUCCCCCAUCGAAACCGCAAACUCCGCCAAUACGCCCUGUAGUCCAAAAUGAGGGAAUCAUAGAUAUCGGCGUUGAUGGCUCUAUCAUCGAAUUUUGCCCCGGCUUCAUCUCCUCCAUUCGCAGCGCCCUCCGCGACGUAGAUGAGAUCGGGGUUGAGGGGGAUAGAAGGAUACGAAUUGGGAUUGCGAAGGAUGGGAGCGGGAUUGGAGCUGCGCUUAUUGCGAGGAUGGCCGAACUUGAGAUGGGGCGUGGGGUGAAAGGAUGAAAUCCCGAUUAGUUUUGGUAUGUGGAUUGUAGUGAUGGCAAGGAGAACGAGCUAUGGUUGGGUUAGAGAUUGGCAAGUUAGCAUAUGAAUAGACUGCCUAACGCUAUCAUUUUAUAAAGCGCUUUUAUGUAGGCAACUCUGUGACUGGCUGUGAUUAAAACUGCACAGUUCCCCGG